GGGAAGGAGCGAUCGGUCACGCCAUCUCGCGAACCUCCGAGUCGCCAGCUCGGGACUGGCCGAUAUACAGUUCGAGCGCCGGGAAGCAGAGGACUGCGCUCUCUCUCUCUCUCGUCCGGCUUUUUCUCUGUUUUCCUCGUCGGCGAGUCGCGCGCUACGUGCCACGUGUCGUGCAGGAGUGCCGCCCGCGACCGGCGAGCCCAGCGCGACCGGCCGACGGUCGACGGCCGACGGCCGAGUGGCAAGUGCGUUGGUCGGUGGGUGGCCGCCGAUUCGGCUCGCUCGAUCCGCUGCACGGUCGAGUGGCUUUCGGGGCCAGUGCGCCGCCAGUCGCGACGGCCGAGAGCGUGGCGCUGGCGUCGCCGCGUUGCUACGCCAGCCUCUCGGCUCGAGCUUCCCGUGAGCCGCGGCGCAUUCGGUUCCGCGCGCGUGCAUCCGUCGAGGACGCCUGUACAGUGCCGUCGCGUGUGCGCGUCCCAAGCCGCGGGAGUGAGACUGGUUUUCGGAGGGACGGCCUGUUUUCGCCGGCGCAGGCCCGCGAGGGCAGAUACCGGCGCGCACACCGUUAACGGGGCCCGCCAGCCUCCUCGCGCGCCAAUAAGCGACCAGCCAAGAGGAGGAAGCGGAGCCCGGGCAGAGAGAGAUAGAGAGAGAGAGAGAGAGAGAGAGAGAGAGAGAGAGAGAGGCGCACCGGCCGACGCUGUUUCGUUGGUUUUUUCGUUUUUGCUCGUUUCGGUUAACGGGACCAUCGGGAUGCCAGCUCCCCCGGCUGCCGCUGCAGCAUUUCGCGCGGGCCUACGCGCGCGAUGAUAAUCUGCCGCCUCUUGCGUCCUCGCCGAUCUUUUCGGCAGCGCCUGGCUCGCGCGGGCCGAGCCGAAUAUGCCCGGCGCUCCUCUCGCUUUCCCGACGUCGGCAGAAAUUGGACGACCACGCGCGCAUAGGCGUACAAGUUCGCAUAGUCGACAGUGCGCGCACCGGUGGCACUCCUGCUGACGCGUGGCCGAUGCUCUCGUGAACUUUGCCGUCGUUCGAGUAUGGCGUGAGGCCCAACGGCGAGCGAACGCCCCAAGUCAGCCGAGUCGGCGGUCGGCUCGGACCGAGAUCGAGCGUGGCGUCGGCGAGGAUGCGCGAGGAAACCGGCGGCAGCGAGAGCAGCGGCGAGGGGCGCGAGCGCAAGCCGUGCUGCAUCGAGUCGGCCAAGCGCUCGGGGCACGUGGCCGCCGACGAGGAGUUCGUGGGUCCGGAGUUCGAGGAGGACGCCUACUACUGCUACAGUCUGGCGGCCACUCCGAGCUUCGACGAGCUCGACGCCAGCGACUCCGAGGAGAUUCUCGUGCACUGGCACCAGGACAGCGGCGAGAUCGAGGAGGUGGAGGAAGCCGACUUGUCGCGGAUUUGCCAGGGCGGCGCUCCCGAGGGCAGCCUGCGCGCCACCACCAGGGGCGAGCUGAGGAGGCUCCGGGCGCGCAUACGCGCGCGACUGCUGGCCCUCGUCGGAAGAGGUGAAGAUGCCGCCCUCCACAGAACUGGCUCGCUGUCGCCAUCGCUCGACAGCGUAGCCAGCGAACUGCAAGGACUGUCGGUCGAGGAGCAAGAGCGCCAAAAGGCUGAAUGGAGCGCCGAACUAGCCAGGAUCGAGGACGAGAUCCAGACGCUCAGGGAGGUGCUGGCGAGCAAAGUGCGAACGGCCCACGAGCUCAAGCGCAAGCUUGGCAUCAGCGUGUGGAAGGAGCUCAGCGAGGACGUCAAUCAGGGCCUGAAGAACGUCAAGGAGAGCCAAGUUUAUCAGAACGUUGGGGAGAGACUUGGUCGAAUCACGAGGACAGUCUCCGAGAACAGCUUGUUCCAGAAGACCGAGUCCGUGUUCAAGAGCACAGCCGAGAAGACGACGAGCAUUCUGGGCGGCUUUGGCAGCGGACUCUCCAUGAAAAUCGGUCAGAUGAGAAAUUCCGACAGCUUCAGGUCCCUCGAGGAAAAAGUCGGCAGCGCUUACGAGAACGUGAAGGGCCGGGUGACGCCGUCGCGCAGCAACUCCACGCAAAGCUUCGACGAGGCGCUAAGAGAGGCUGGUGCCUCGAGGCGUGCAUCCGCUGCACCGUCCGCCACCAGCCCUACCAUCCCCGAGGAUAGAGUGUUGUCUUAGGCCCAGCAUCUAUACGCCCAUACUUCGUCCGUCCACGCCUCCGCUGGAGCUUAGCUCCAGUAGUUUGGCUUUGCCAUUCAAAUGAUCCUGUCGUCACGUGGAAUGUCAACAACGACGUCGGCCAAAAAUACUAGCGCUUCUUUUAUCCGUAUACGUUAUUUUGCGAUUCGAUCUUUAAUUUAAUUUAAUCCGCGACGUCGGUCAUCACUUCCACGUGGUUGACUUUGAAGGCUUGGAUGCGAUGAUGUUGAUGAACCGAGGCACUGGAAAAUAGCAAUGGCUCUUUUUCAUUUUGUUUUUCACUUUGUAUACACAGGUUACGUUUUUCCCCCUCAUUUUAAUUUCUUUUUUCUCUGUUUUAUCACCUCUCGAUUUUGGGAUUAUGUUGCCAGCUAUACCGUUUCACGACACAACACUUGUUAGGAUUAUUAAAAAGAGUCGUCGUUCGUAUCGUCACCUGAACGUGCAUUUCUUUCUUUCUUCGAUAUAGCUUUUACGCGUGGAAGAUUAAACGGAAUAUAUUCUAUUAAACAGAGGAGCAAGAUGUCGCUUUCAGACAAUAUUUCGGUAGGUGGAUGAUAUUUAUAUAAAUGUGUCAACCUGUUUGCGAGAAUGCUCACUAUCUGUAUUACUUAACAAAAGAAAGGCGUAAUUAAAAAGCGUAACGUUUGCGAGCCGCAGUUCGAAUAAAUAUUCUAUGUGAAAUGUAUAUUCUGAACUACAUAUAAUAAUACAAUAAAAUUGAAAUCGUUUGUUAAAAUUACACGAGUGUAAUGAAAUAUCAAACAAUUUGUAUUUGUAAUUGGGUAAACGAGUGGACUUGAGUAUCAGCGGUAAUGUUUUCUACAAUUGUAAUCUAUAAAAUUAUUUCGCAAGGCUACGCGAGAAAAGAGUUAGAUAAUUUUACAACUUAUAUUUAUAUAAUCACCUUGUGGAAAUAAUUUGUACACGCAAUUAAUUUAUGCAAACAAAAUAUAUAUGCAAACAAAAUAAAGGUAUACGUAUAUAUUUUUAGAUUGAAGGAGUGCGAAUCAAUUUGUGACUCUCUGCACUUGAAAAAAGGUCACUUCAAGCUAUGCCUUCUUUAGAAUGACACACUUGUAAAUUUAUGCUUAAUCUUGUCGAUGAAUAAAUUAAUUGUUUUACUG